CGCGCCCCGCGCCCCGGGCCCGCCACAGAGCUCAGUCGCGCGCCGGGGGCUCCUCUCCCCGGCCCCCCUGGGUGCCCUCCGGCUGGGGCUCCCGCCCGCUCCUUGGAAUAACCCCUGAGGCUCCAGCCGUCACCGCAAAGUUUCCCGAGGAGACCCGCCUCCCCGGCCGCUACGCAGGUGAAGAACCAGGCAGCAGGUGAGAAAGGCCCCACUCUGGACAGCUGAGCCCCAGGGCUGAAGCAGGAGUAACCGACCCUUCUGCCUCACCCACUUCAGAAGCUUCUCCACAUACAGGAGCAGCCAAGCAGACCAGCCCCUGCCCCCUAAAGUGGCUUCCCAAAGCGGAGCACACAGGCCUGACAGCUCAGCAGUGCGAGGCGAGGCGAGGCGGCUGCAGCCUGCGGUGAACAUCUGAACUCCUCAGAGGGGUAACAGACCCACACACACACAGAUGCAGCCUGAGUGGCAGGAAUACUGAGUCUUUGGAGAGUGGCUCCCUCUCAGCUCUGUCACGCAAGAGCGCUCUCUGCACUGAGCCAUUCUGCCAAGUGACUUAAAGGGAUUUAAAAAAAAAAAAACCCAAAACAACAAAAAAAAAAACUUUGGUAAAGAAAAGAAGGCAGCAGUCCAGCAGUCCUAGCAGGGACAUUUUGGGAGAGGUGCAGCCUGUGGACAAAAGACUAGAGUUACAAAGAGCUGUGGUGGACGUGGUGGCCAAGGAGAGGCCACAUCCCCGGGGGACUGGCUCUGGGCUGUAGGGCAUGCCCAGCUCAGGAGUCCCCGGGGGUGCCCUGUGCACCCCGAGCACACAACCUUCACUUCGGAGAGCCAAGCCAUCGGUGCCUGUGGCCUAGGGUGCUGAAGAUGCAGCGGGGGAUCUGCAGGCAUAUCUGAGGCCUGGCCACAAGGAAGACUACAAGACUUCUAUAGUCUCUGUGUGCCUCCAUGCUCCCUCUGCCCCAAGGUUGUAGUCUGUGGUUUUGAGCCUGCUGGUGACAUGGGGCCAAGGAUGUGAGUGUGGCCUGGAACUUUGAAGCAGUGGCCAGUGGGACCCAGAGGCUCCAGGGAGCAGCAGCAGAGGAGGUAUUGAGACUCCAGGUUGGGUGGGUCAGGCCUCCAGCAGCCAUCCACCAUGGUGGUGGCACACCCUGCUGCCACCGCUACCACCACGCCUGCUGCCACGGUCACAGCCACUGUCGUGAUGACCACAGCCACCAUGGACCUGCGGGACUGGCUGUUUCUCUGUUAUGGGCUCAUUGCCUUCCUCACGGAGGUCAUCGAUAGCACCACCUGCCCAUCAGUGUGCCGCUGUGACAAUGGCUUCAUCUACUGCAAUGACCGGGGACUCACAUCCAUCCCCUCAGACAUCCCCGACGAUGCCACCACCCUCUACCUACAGAACAACCAGAUCAACAACGCGGGCAUCCCUCAGGACCUCAAGACCAAGGUCAAGGUGCAGGUCAUCUACCUGUAUGAGAAUGACCUGGAUGAAUUCCCUGUCAAUCUCCCCCGCUCCCUGCGAGAGCUGCAUCUGCAGGACAACAAUGUGCGCACCAUCGCCAGGGACUCUUUGGCUCGCAUCCCGCUGCUGGAGAAGCUGCACCUGGAUGACAACUCCGUUUCCACCGUGAGCAUCGAGGAGGAUGCUUUCGCUGACAGCAAGCAGCUCAAACUGCUUUUCCUGAGCCGGAACCACCUGAGCAGCAUUCCGUCGGGGCUGCCCCACACGCUGGAGGAACUGAGGCUGGAUGACAACCGCAUCUCUACCAUCCCCCUGCACGCAUUCAAGGGUCUCAACAGCCUGCGGCGCCUGGUUCUGGAUGGCAACCUGCUGGCCAACCAGCGCAUUGCCGACGACACCUUCAGCCGGCUGCAGAACCUCACGGAGCUGUCGCUAGUACGGAACUCGCUGGCUGCCCCGCCCCUUAAUCUGCCCAGUGCCCACCUGCAGAAGCUCUACCUGCAGGACAAUGCCAUCAGUCACAUUCCCUACAACACACUGGCCAAGAUGCGGGAGCUGGAGAGGUUGGACCUGUCCAACAACAACCUCACCACGCUGCCUCGGGGCCUGUUUGAUGACCUGGGGAACCUGGCACAGCUGCUCCUCAGGAACAACCCCUGGUUCUGUGGCUGUAACCUCAUGUGGCUGCGGGACUGGGUGAAGGCACGGGCUGCAGUGGUCAAUGUGCGGGGCCUCAUGUGCCAGGGCCCUGAGAAGGUCCGGGGCAUGGCCAUCAAAGACAUCACCAGCGAGAUGGAUGAGUGCUUUGAGGCGGGGUCACAGGGCGGUGCUGCUAAUGCAGCCGCCAAGACCACAGUCAGCAACCAUGCCUCUGCCACCACACCCCAGGGCUCUCUGUUUACCCUCAAGGCCAAGAGGCCAGGACUGCGCCUCCCAGACUCCAACAUUGACUACCCCAUGGCCACUGGCGAUGGCGCCAAGACAUUGGUCAUCCAGGUGAAGCCACUGACGGCAGACUCUAUCCGAAUCACAUGGAAGGCCAUGCUACCCGCCUCUUCUUUCCGGCUCAGUUGGCUACGUCUGGGCCAUAGCCCAGCUGUGGGCUCUAUAACAGAGACCCUGGUGCAGGGGGACAAGACAGAGUACUUGCUGACAGCACUGGAGCCCAAGUCCACUUACAUCAUCUGUAUGGUCACCAUGGAGACUGGCAACACCUACGUGGCCGAUGAGACACCUGUGUGUGCCAAGGCAGAGACAGCCGAUAGCUACGGCCCCACCACCACGCUCAACCAGGAACAGAACGCUGGCCCUAUGGCGGGGCUGCCCCUGGCUGGGAUUAUUGGUGGUGCCGUGGCUCUUGUAUUUCUCUUCCUGGUCCUGGGAGCCAUUUGCUGGUACGUGCACCGGGCCGGCGAGCUGCUGACCCGAGAGAGGGUCUACAACAGGGGCAGCAGGAGGAAGGACGACUACAUGGAGUCAGGGACCAAGAAGGAUAACUCCAUUCUAGAAAUCCGUGGCCCAGGACUGCAGAUGCUACCCAUCAACCCGUACCGCUCCAAAGAGGAGUACGUGGUGCACACCAUAUUUCCCUCCAAUGGCAGCAGCCUCUGCAAGGGCGCCCACACUAUUGGCUACGGCACCACACGAGGCUACCGGGAAGCGGGCAUCCCUGAUGUGGACUAUUCCUACACAUGAAGCUGGCCGCCCGCGCCCGCGCCGGUGUGUCACGUGGCUCUGUCUAGCCCACUGCAACACCAGGAGCCAGGAAGAGAAACUCCACAGUGACCUUCCAAGCAGAAAGCAAAGUUUGGGGAGGGUUGGUGAUUUUGCAGAACACCACAGUGGGGUU